AUGGCCGCCGAGCUGUACCCUAGCAGCCUCAACACCAGUCUCCCCAGCAGCACUGAGUCGAACAAGAAGAGCUUCAUCCAGGUGUCGGAGCCUGAGUCGCUGCCCACGCCCAGCGACCCCCAGCCCAGCGCCAGCAGCACCGGCCAGCCCAGCAGCUGGCAGGCCACCCACCCCACGCUGAGAGAAAGGAAUGCCUUGAUGUUUAACAGCGAGCAUAUGGCCGAUGUUUUCUUCAUCGUCGGACUACCAGGAGAAUCCCAGAGAGUCCCUGCCCACAAGUAUGUCCUGGCCGUGGGGAGCUCCGUGUUCGGGGCCAUGUUCUAUGGAGACCUGGCCGAGGGAGAGAUGGAGAUCCUCAUCCCAGACGUGGAACCGGCCGCAUUUCUCAUCAUGUUAAAAUACAUGUACAGCGAUGAGAUCGAGCUGGAGGCGGACACGGUUCUGGCCACUCUGUACGCCGCCAAGAAGUACAUCGUGCCGGCGCUGGCCAAGGCCUGCGUCACCUUCCUGGAGACCAGCCUGGAGGCCAAGAACGCCUGCGUGCUGCUGUCCCAGAGCCGGCUGUUCGAGGAGCCCGAGCUCACGCAGCGCUGCUGGGAGGUGAUCGACGCCCAGGCCGAGCUCGCCCUGCGCUCCGAGGGCUUCUGCGAGAUCGACCGGCCCACGCUGGAGAUCAUCCUGCAGCGGGAGACGCUCAACACCCGCGAGGCGCUGGUGUUCGAGGCCGUGCUGGACUGGGCGGCGUCCGAGUGCGGGCGCCAGGGUCUGGUGGUGACGGCCCCCAACCGGCGCGCCGUGCUGGGCAAGGCGCUGUACUCGGUGCGCAUCCCCACCAUGACCCUGGAGGAGUUCGCCGACGGGCCGGCGCAGUCCGACGUUCUGACGCUGGAGGAGACCCACGACGUCUUCCUGUGGUUCACGGCGGCCAAGAAGCCCUGGCUGGAGUUCCCCCUGGCGCAGCGCACCGGCCUGAGCCCCCAGCGGUGCCACCGCUUCCAGUCCUCGGCCUACCGCAGCAACCAGUGGCGGUACCGCGGGCGCUGCGACAGCAUCCAGUUUGCGGUAGACAAGCGGAUCUUCAUGGCGGGCCUGGGCCUGUACGGGUCCAGCGGCGGCAAGGCCGAGUACAGCGUCAAGAUCGAACUCAAGCGCCAGGGCACCACGCUGGCGCAGAACCUGACCAAGUUCCUGUCGGACGGCUCGAGCAGCACCUUCUCGGUGUGGUUCGAGCACCCGGUGCAGGUGGAGCAGGACACCUUCUACACCGUCAGCGCCGUGCUGGACGGCAACGAGCUCAGCUACUUCGGCCAGGAGGGCGUGACGGAGGUGCAGUGCGGGAAGGUGACCUUCCAGUUCCAGUGCUCCUCGGACAGUACCAACGGGACCGGCGUGCAGGGGGGGCAGAUCCCCGAGCUGGUUUUCUUUGGUUGAGCCCCGGAGGGCCAUGGGGGGAAAUGUUGAACUCUUUCAGACCUCAUCGGUGGACUCGUACAGAUUAAUUUAUUCAGAUUUAAUCCAGGAUGUAGGAUUUUAAAUCUAUAGUCCCAGGUCCUCGUGGCUUGUCAUGUGUCCCUGGAUGUUUAUAAUGAGAUGCCCUGUCCUCUUAUUGAUGCUGUAUUGAACACUGAGCUGCUGGUUAAAUGAAAACCGCUAUGAUGCUGAAGGGUCGAAUUAUUACUUCUGUGUUGAAUGAACGCUGUGUUGUCCACACGGCGUGCGCGCCAUGGAUCUCUAGGCUGGUGCUUAUGUUUUUAUGUUGCCGUGUCAGGGAGUCCACCAAAGCCCCCCCAAAAGAUGAUGUUUUACAAAUGAACAUCAACUCGACGAUCUUUCAUAAAUUACCUGGAAAACAUGCUGGAAAGACGGGGCAGGUGGACGGUCACGUGACGUGUAUUCAUUUUACUCUACUGGACGCUGCAGUAUAAUUCAACCUUUUAAACAUGGUUUAUAGUCGCAAUAGCUAAACAACAAGGGCAAAGUUUACAACAAAUACCCAGUGUACUCGUCCCGUUCUGAUACACCUUCUGUUCUGUAUAUUUUACAUAAGUGUUACAUAAACUUUAACGAUUUUACAGAAUAUAACAACGAAUGUCUGUGCUUAUUUUUGUGAUUUACUAAUAACCCAGAAUACUAAAACAAAAACGCUCUGUUCAAAUUUGUAACGAAUAAACUAGAAAUGCUAUAAAAGCAAUGAUA